UUCUCGCGCUCCCCGCUGGCCGCGGCUCCCUCGCGCUCUCCCCGACUCCUGUCCGCUCCGCCGAGCGAUGCGAGUUCUGGGCCCCGGCGACGCCGCCUCUCGCUAGAGCUCUGCACCCCCCACCCCCGGCCCGGCCCUCUGCCCAGCCCUGCCCUGCGCGCGGGGGUCGGAGAAGGCGCCGCGGACGCACCGACGGCCGAGGAGCGGCGAUGCACAUGCACUAGCGGCACCCCCUAACUCACUCCCUCCACACCCCGCGCCGCCGCCGCCUCCACCUUCUCCGCCUCCGCCUCCUCCUCCUCCGCCUCCGGCAGCCGCGGCAGAAGGACCCACCCUGCCCCCCACCCCACCCUCCGCCGGCUCCGGCUGCGGAUCCAGCCUCGACUCCUAUUUUAUUUAUUUUGGGUCGUGCACUAGCCUCGGUGCCUGCAACCCGCGCCUCCCGGGCCCGCGGGCGCCUCCUCUCUCGGCUCCGGAGCCCCAGACCCCGGCCACCCUCACCUCGACACCCCCAGACCCCAGCCAGCCGCCGCUAAUCUUCGCCGCUGGAAUCUUGAUAGAGGCUGUCCUUUUGGGGGGAUUCUGGUCUUUCGACAAUUUUGUUCCCAGCCAAGGAGAGGAUAUCGUGAUUUUCUCCCCUUUGAGCCCAGGCUCUGCUCUGUGGGGGGGUGGGGGGCGCGCCGACCCGGGGAGUCGUGCCAGCCGAGUCGUGCGGGCUGUGGCAGGGAAGGGGCCACCAUGGGAUGUACUCUGAGCGCAGAGGAGAGAGCCGCCCUCGAGCGGAGCAAGGCGAUUGAGAAAAACCUCAAAGAAGAUGGCAUCAGCGCCGCCAAAGACGUGAAAUUACUCCUGCUGGGGGCUGGAGAAUCAGGAAAAAGCACCAUUGUGAAGCAGAUGAAGAUCAUCCAUGAAGAUGGCUUCUCUGGAGAAGAUGUAAAGCAGUACAAGCCCGUUGUCUACAGCAACACUAUCCAGUCUCUGGCAGCCAUUGUCCGGGCCAUGGAUACUUUGGGCGUGGAGUAUGGUGACAAGGAGAGGAAGGCAGACUCCAAGAUGGUGUGUGACGUGGUGAGUCGUAUGGAAGACACUGAACCGUUCUCUGCAGAACUUCUUUCUGCCAUGAUGCGACUCUGGGGCGACUCAGGGAUCCAGGAGUGCUUCAACCGAUCCCGGGAGUAUCAGCUCAAUGACUCUGCCAAAUACUACCUGGACAGCCUGGAUCGGAUUGGAGCCGCUGACUACCAGCCUACUGAGCAGGACAUCCUUCGAACCAGGGUCAAAACAACCGGCAUUGUAGAAACCCACUUCACCUUCAAGAACCUCCACUUCAGGCUGUUUGACGUUGGGGGCCAGCGAUCUGAACGCAAGAAGUGGAUCCACUGCUUUGAGGAUGUCACGGCCAUCAUCUUCUGUGUCGCACUCAGCGGCUAUGACCAGGUGCUCCACGAGGACGAAACCACGAACCGCAUGCAUGAAUCCCUGAAGCUUUUUGACAGCAUCUGCAACAACAAGUGGUUCACAGACACAUCUAUCAUCCUGUUUCUCAACAAGAAGGACAUAUUUGAGGAGAAGAUCAAGAAGUCCCCGCUCACCAUCUGCUUUCCUGAAUACACAGGCCCCAGUGCCUUCACAGAAGCUGUGGCUCACAUCCAAGGGCAGUAUGAGAGUAAGAACAAGUCAGCUCACAAGGAGGUCUACAGCCAUGUCACCUGUGCCACGGAUACCAACAACAUCCAAUUCGUCUUUGAUGCGGUGACGGAUGUCAUCAUCGCCAAGAACCUGCGUGGCUGUGGACUCUACUGAGCCUGGCCGCUGACCCAGCCUGCCACUCACUCCUCCCCUGGACCCAGAGCUCUGCACCGCUCAGAUGCCCUGUUCACUGAAGAAAACCCCAGAGGCUGGCCUGGGAGCCAGGAGGAGGCAUCCUUUGAGCAUCCCCACCCUACCCAACUCCAGCCGCGUGACAUGUGGGAACAGGGUUGGGCAGAGGUGUGGAGCGCCACCCACCACAAGGCCAGAGACCACUGCAUGCCACCUGGGUGCUGCUCAAUGGUCAGCUGUGUGUCUCACUCAGAGGCCGAGUGGGCAACACUGCCAUCUGGUUCAGAAUGGGCAUGUCCUGUUCUCUGCAACUCCUACUCAGUGUCCUGGUGUCUCUUCCACCUUAGUGAUAGGGUGGCCAGCAGGAUGGCCCCGUGGCAGGUGCUGCUUGAUUAGAGGAUAGUCAAUGCCAUCUCUCAGCUUUCCUUAGGGUCUGUUUGGCAGAGGGCUGUUCCGUCGACAAAAGCCAACAUGGAGUCAGGCCACUUUUGGGGUGCAAAGACUCAGACCUUGGGGCGGUAUUCAUUCUUCCUUCACCUUGGAUCUUAGUCCUUCUCUGGGCAUCUUCCCUUGCCCUUGGGCUCCCUAGGACACUGACUCCCCAGCCCUGACUCCCAUGGGGUUGGGAAUAUUCCUUAAGACUGGCUGACGACAAAGGUGUGUUGGUGGAGGAACAGACCUGUGCCACAGAAGUUGGGGGCGGGGCUGAGGGGGCAGGCAGCUCUUUCCUGAUAGGCUGAUGGCUCUGCUCACAGGGCUUUGCUGUCCUGGGUGGUAGUGAAUAGACAGGCCACAGGCUUCAGGUCACAGACAGAGCAGGCAGCAGCUUCGUAACUGGAGAUUGUUUAGGCAGAAACAUAGGAGACUUAACAAGCCAGGCCCUGAAGCCAAUGCCCUGCUUUACUCCACCCUUGGUCAGGAAGUAGGAGGCCCUUGGUAUAUUCCUGGUCUCAGGGCAAGCAAUGAGCCUGCACCCUGAAGGGUGGGCUCAGAAGGAGUGUAAACCAACCCAGACAUACAGCCAACCCCCUUCCUAGGAACCUAGGGAGGGAUUUGCUACAGAGAUUCUUAAGCAAAAAGGGAGUGGUGUAGUUUUUGGCAACCCUAGCCUCAGCUGACUUUGGACAGUCAGCACAUGUCUCUACCAUUCCUAGACAUCUCCAGUCAGCUGGUACCACAGCCAGUGGUUCAGACCGGCGAUCAUGUGCCAUGCCAGGCUGUACAGAAGGAUGCAGAUGUGCCCUGGGGCAAUCGGGAGAGGUGUACACCUAGAAGUGUCUCUCUUCCUCAAGCCCUGUAUUUUCCUGAGCCCUGCUCUGUCACAGGUCAGGCAGGACCCUGGCCCUCUGUCAUAGUCCCACAGAGCUUGCCACCAGCUCUGGACUUGUAGGUUCCAACAAGAACAGAACUCUGGGUGGUCUAGGGAGACACAGGGACCUUCCCCAGUGCCAAAUUCUUGUAGGGGUGACCCUCCGGGGAGCCCACCCCAGUCUGGGUGACCCUCUGGGGAGCCUACCCAGUCUGGCUGCUUCGCCACUUCCCCUCUACCCACAUUUGUCUUCAUUGUGUGCAUCUCCAUCGUUUUAGGACCCUGUGCCAUGUACUAGAGAGUCCAGAGCCUGGAGACCAUGGUCUCAAUGACCUGCCAUGAAGGUGAAGGCCAAUUCAGUCCUUGGGCCAACAGCAGUUAUUUCUCUGCAGCACCCCUGGGUGUGGCCAUCUGUGUCCACAGACUAUAACCCCAAUUUUAAAAGCACCUGCUGUCAUAGGAUGUUGGCCAAGCCCCAUCUUUUAAAACCAUUUCUAGGAAGGUAGAAGUCACCACCCCUAACCAUCCCCCCCCUACGGCUCCCAUUCCCCAAGUGGCCCCUCCAAAUCACUGCAGCACAGUUGUGGGAGCCCUCAGCUAGAAUCAGCCUGUCCCCAGCCUCCCCACUCCUGUCCCCAAGGCUACCUUCUGCUCAACCUACUGUGUUCAGUCUAGUGCCAUGCACUGCUCUCAGCCUCAGGUAGGGAGAUCUCAGGCUGUCUACUAGAACAUGGUCUGUAGGGAAAGCUGUCCUGUCUCCCACACGUGUCAUCACCAGCAGCUCUACCAUGGGGGACAAAUGUGCAUGACAGAUGAGUCUUGGCUCCGCCGUGGCUUUGGGUGUGGGUGAAGUGUUGAAAGCGACCAGAUCAAGGGAAUGGAUGUCCCUGAUGUUCAGUGGCCAUGUCCCCAGAGGGGCCAUGCUACAGUUUCUGAGUAGUCUAAUUCAGCAGGCCAGGAGCAGUUUCCAGGAAGAGUACCUUCACCAUAUUCAUGGAACCGUGCCUGUUGCCUAGGUGCCAGUGGGCAAGUCCUGUGCCCUGUGCCAAUGUCCAUUCUGAGAAUCUUCCCUUUAGGCAUAGGUAGAGGCCUCUGAGCCUCUGGGCUCAGCUGUGGAGGGUGCUGGAGGACUCUGGGCUCAGCUGUGGAGGGUGCUGGAGGACUCUGGGCUGAGCUGUGGAGGGUGCUGGAAGACUCUGAGCCAAGCUGUGGAGGGUGCUGGAGGACUCUAGUGUGGGAAUGGGGAUGAAAUCCUCCCAGUCUCAGCCACUCAUUAGUGGCUCUGGCCUUUAGCCUCUCCUGAUCCCUUCUGUUGAUGGAGCCCCUGGGUCCUGGUGCCCUGUCCCCUUGUCCCCUCUUGUACCAUGCAGAAGACCUCAAUCAUCUCAGCCUUGCAGCCCAGCCCCACACCCUGCUAUUGAGAACUGGAGGCAUCUGAUCUGUGCGGUCUGCACUGGAUGUCCCCGAGCCCUCUGUUCAACCCCAUACCCACGCUCUCCACAGGGUCCCCACAGGGAAAGUUGACAGUGCUUCACUCUAGCCCUGCCUUCUGCAGAAAGUUCUGCUGCAAGAGAUGUACCCGUGGUUCUUGAGUACUGCAUGCUACAGCCAGUGACCUGAGGGCAGGGUUCACUCGCCUCCUGACCCUCUCCCUGUCUCCAUCUGACCCAGCCUCUUGACAUGGAGAUCCAUCAUACCCAGGAGAAACUCAUGAACCCUCCAGAUCCUCCCUGCUGACCCAGUAGUAGCUUGUCACCCUCUUCUGAAGAUCCUGGGGUCACAGAGCAUCUUCUAGCCGCCACCCCUUUGUUCUGGGCCUCCUGCUAAGCUCCAGGUACAGCCUACAGCUCAGGAACCCAGCCCUGAGACUCCAACUCCAUUGUAUCUGAGCUUCUGGGGGUAAGCACUUCCAGGCUGUUGAUCCCAUCAGGCUACAAGCUAAAGAAAGAAAGUUCCAGCACCCCAAAGAACAGGGCCAGAGGUAUAAGCAGGCUUCCCCACCCCCCACCACUCAGUAAGGAGAGCCUUGUAUGCAUCUGCUAAGAGAGUGGAGCUCAGGCUCACAGACGCUCCCCCAUGCCAGAUGAUGGCCACAUCAAGGAGGGAGCAGAUGGAAGAAAACCAGAAAUAAUGGCCCCUAUCCAAAGCCCUGGGCCCUCUAGACAGAGUGCAGUACCCUAUGACCAGCAGCUUUCUUCUCUUCCCCAGGCACAAAAGGCCACCAGCAGAAACAGAACUCUUUCCAGAAGCCCUGAGGUCCUCCCCUUCCCUUCCUCCCCUUAGCCCCCUCCACCAGCCACAAUUGCCUUCCCAGCAUGGACAGCAGCCCUCCGCUUCCUGGUGUUCACCCUGACUUCUGACUUGACCCCUGUGGCCAAUGUGCACGCACCCUCAAGUCCCAGGCCAGAGGCCGGGGACCCCACAUUCCCCUUAGCAGAGCCUUCUUAGGUGCACCGGCCCCACUUCUUGACCCAUCACCAUCACCUACCCUCAUUAACUGUGAUUUUGUAAGAAGAGUGACUUGCUGGUUAAUAAAUACCUAGUUAUUGUAAUAAUUUAUUGGCUGCCAUAAUGUAUUUAUUAGUCACCCACCAUUAAUAAAAAGUGCCAGCUC